ACGAACGAUUAUUAAAUUAUACAUUUGUGCAUAUCGAUUUUAUAAACAAUGGGAUCAACACUAGCUUCAUAAUGGAUUCAAGUACAUGUUCUACCAGUAUCAAUUUGCGAUUGGAUAGUAACAGACCAGAAUAAAGAUUCAGAGAAAAUGUUUACAUUUCAAGUAAACGGAACACUGCUUCAACAUUUUGUCAACCUGUUUUACCAACUUGGAAUAUGGGGAAGUGACGAAGAAUCUAAUUUCCGUAAAAUCGGCAAGAAAUUAACGCACACGUUUUACGGUGCUUUGUUCCCGAUAUUCUUUGCAACUAAUGCUCUUCUGUGUACCGAUCGAAACGAAUCUAUUUUUUCAGCACAAGCUGCAAUCAUAGUGAUGGUAUUAUACGUGAAGUUUUCGUACCUUCUGUUCAAGAAACCGGAAAUCCUCGCAUUUCUACAUGAUACGAUCGUUGUUCAUUCAAUUGAAAAUCUCGACGAAUACGAGCAUACCAACAAAAAGAUAAAAAAGUUUAUGGGAUUCGUACGACCGUAUUGUUUUGCAUUCUUUUUAACGGCUCCUUUGAUCAUUGUUUUGAAGCUGCCAAUAUUCUCCGACGACAAAGUUCUGCCUGUUUUUAUCAGUUUAUCGUGGAACGAUUCAGAAGUAAUUUAUUGGUUGGCGUACACGUUCGUGUCAUUGUCAACCUCCUUGUACGUCGUAGUGAACUUACUAACUACAUUAAUUUGGUACAUAAUGCUCAAUUAUUCCAUCGAGUAUGAAUUGGUAGGAAAUAAAUUGAGUAGAUUAGGACAUAAAAAUGCCCGGACAAGAGGCAAGAUGGUCAAGAUCCAGGAAAGCUUCGAAUUGCCACAGCGUAGUAUGUUCGUUGAAGAAUUAAUUGUUUUGAUAAAAGCUUAUCGUAACUUGAUCAUAACAAUAGAGCGGUUUACAUCCUGUUUCACAACAUUAUUUUUGUGCCAAAUAGUCACCAGUGGCAUUGUUAUAUGUGCAUCCGUUUAUAAUAUAGCUUUUUCUUCGAAUGACAAUAUUCUUCAAACGGAAUUGUACGUCGCAAUACUGGUUUAUGUUUUCUUCGACAUUUUUCUGGUGAUGUAUCUAGCAAACGGAAUAACCGUUGCGAGUGACCGACUGGCCUACUGUUUUUUCGAGUCCAAUUGGAUUGAGCAGACACAAUCGUGCAAAAAAUAUGUUCUCAUCAUGGGCGAAGCGUUCAAGCGACCGCAACGUCUAGUGAUCUUGAUAUAUCCACUAAACCUAGAAACUUUUAUGACGGUGAGCGAGGGAUUGGCUUUGUCUUGA